CAUACCAACCUUUGAAACAAUGGCAACCACUAGAUUACUAGGCGCCUCUAGGCCUCUUUCUUCCUCUUCCCUUCAUUUGAAUAAUUCUUUGUCGCCUUCUACAUCAACAGCACCGAGAUGUCUGAGCAAAGCUGGGGUGACCGGAGAUAAGAUUCUCUCCGGUGAUGGAGAGAGGAGAUCAAUGGUGGCUUUAAAGGCGUCUGUAGCUGCUUCGGAGAGUGUGAUCACGUCAGACCCACAGACAAAUGGAGGUGAAAGUCUGGCUUCCCUGCUAGCAAGUACUGCUAAUGCCGUGCUUAAGGUUGUAAGGCAGAUUGUGAAUUCGAAACCACCCAAAUUGCAGGUCCAGAUGUUCCUCGAAAGGAUUAUUGUGAACUGCCGAUUCUUUACAUUGUUUGCUGUUGCCGGGUCAUUGAUUGGUUCAGUACUAUGCUUCAUAGAGGGAUGCUUUAUGAUUUUAGAGUCAUAUUUCCAAUACUUUCAUACUUUGGCUCAAAGUUCGGAUCAAGGACAUGUAAUGAAGCUACUUUUUGAAGCUAUAGAUAUGUUCCUGUUAGGAACCGUCAUGCUUGUUUUCGGAAUGGGUUUGCACGUCAUGUUUGUGGGAUCAAAAACAAUGCGAGGAAAGGGACAGUGGCUUUCUGACUCGAACUUAUUUGGCCUAUUCUCUCUCAGAACUAUCCCAACAUGGGUCCGAAUUCAGUCAGUUUCUCAAGCAAAGUCGCGAAUUGGGCAUGCCAUUAUGAUGAUACUGCAAGUGGGGGUGCUGGAGAAGUUCCAGAGCAUACCUUUGGCCACUGGGUUGGAUCUUGCCUGUGCUGCUGGAGCUAUUCUAGUUUCCUCAGCUUGCGUAUUCCUUCUCUCUAGACUGUUCAUCCGUGAUAGUGCAGCAAAAUAAAUAUUUGCUGGGGAAUGUCCUAUUCCUCAUUUUACAGACAUAUAUCCAAAGAAAGAAAAAACAAGGGCAAAAAAAAGGAAAAAAAGGAAGAAGCAUACUUGCUCGAUAUCCAUUUUUUUUCUUGCAUGAAACGUGUAUAUAUAUACAUACAAAGCACACGAAGAAGAAAGAAGAAGUCGCCAUUGCUAGACCUUAGGUUCCAAUAUUAACACAGUUCCACCACAAAGAAGGGAUGGCCGGUGGAAACAUGUUAGUUAUCCAAGAUUUCCCUCUUGGGAGGAUUGGUUUUUUAAUUUUCUUUUUUCUUUUUCCUUUCAUUCAUAUCUGAGUCGUGUAUUCUCUGUCGCAGUAUUUUGUGACGACAUAUCUGUUUAACCAUUUUAUUCUAUCAUUUCUUGUAACGGCCUCUGAUUUAGUGGUCGAGUGACACCAUAUCAUUCCAAUAUUUGUGAAGCCAUAGAGCUUGUUAUAGCAGUACAAUGCAGCAAUUCUAUAUUUUAUCUUUUUCUC